UGUCGUGUCCACCACCGAACCACAUCCUGCCCAUACCAUCGCCCGCAUCCACCCACCUCUUGCCCACGUCAAACAAUUCAAGCCCAGACUGCAGUCCCACGUCCCAACCACUUCUUGCCUGCGCCACCGACCUAUGCCUCCACGACAUCCCUUCCCUCUUCUAGCCACAUCGCACCUACGUCACCAACUUCCUGUCCACGUCGCCAUCCCAAUUCCACCUAAGUCCCGCUGAAGUCAGUCAACUUGCUGCUAGCAUCAACCCACUCCCUGCGCAUGCUAACCAACGACCCGCGUACCACGAUCGCAUCCUUGUCUACGUCAACUAUGUUUCACCUGAGUUUUUACCUGUGUAUGUGCUGUAAUGAAAAUGAUCUCCACGUAUUGUGUAUAUUGUGGACAUGUGGUUAGAAGUAGUUAAUGUGGUUUGAAAGCCGUCUGGGUUGAAUUGUACCUUUGUAGUAACGUCUACACUUGUGUACACCAUGUAUACUGACUGCAUGUCUACCUCGAGUCAACUCAUCCCCCGCCGUAUGCAUGCCCCACGUCUGUCGCUUGGAUACCCCAUGUCCGUCGAUGAAUACCUUCACGUCCCGCAGUAUGAACCAUGUGUACUGGCUCCAUGUCCACGAUCUGUCUGCUCACCACUACCCAGAGUGCUUGCACCUGUUCCAUGUCUGUCGCACUUCUGGUCCGUGUCCUCGAAUUGUCUGCCCCGUGUCCGGUCCAUGCCAUGUCUGUCUCUUUUGUACUGCAUGCCCAAGUUGCCAACCCCGUGUUUAGCACAUGCCCACUUUGUGCAAAUGCUAUGUCCACCAUGUGCCGGUCCAUGCUCACCUUGGCCCGCUCACCUUGUGUUCAUCCACGUGCUCACCAACCAACCCGUGUCAUUCAUUCGCGUCACCCAUCGGUGGCAAAUUGUAUUCACGUCUAUCGUUUGUCCUGUACACUUUGUGCGUUUCUUCGGUUUGCAUACUAGCGUAGGAUUGCUGUUCAUGGUAAGCUUGACGAUGACGCUCAUGGAGAGUAGUAGUGGAGACACUGGAGGAUGCUGGUUUAAGUCUAGUCAUUGUCAUUAUCAUUUAUCUACAUAUUCCGUGUUGUUACGAUACAAGCUUGAUUUUGAAUUGGUGUUGCGUCUGUGACUUACCCGGUUGUGACAAGGUUGUUGAAGUGGUGUAUUUUGUCGUCCAGCAAGCGUGCUUGAUGGACCUUGCGAAGGACGCGUAAUACCGAGCCGCUUGACUUCACCUUUGGCGCCGACAGUAUGGUGAAUUCCAACAUGCGCUGUUCAGCUAUGGCGCCGCAUUGUAGGAUAUCGUCGUGGAAUCUUGGAGUCCCAGCGUUGAGUUUGAGGUA